UUCGACGUGAUCCACACUCUCGAACUCGUCCCUGGUGGCAAAAUUGAAACAACGAAGCAUCAUCGCGCACCGCGCGACAAUCCGAUGACAAACAAACGAUAGUCGUCUCGGCCCGUCUUUGAUGCAGAUUAUUCUUAAUCCGGCCGAUGAUGUAAAAAAGCAGUGUCAGAAAUUCGCGCGUAUUAUGUGAAAACGGGCGACAUGAACAAGUCGAAGGAGGCCAGGAGAAGCAGUUCGAUCAAGGAGCAGUUCACGGAGAAAGAGCUCAAAGAUUUACGUACAGCGUUUGAGCUCUGCGAUAGGAACAGAGAUGGUGAAGUAACCAGAGGAGAGUUCAAAAUAAUGCUGAACAAUUUAGGCAUUGACCUGAAGGAUGACGUUCUCAAGGAACUCAUGAACAAUGCUAGUCAUGACGGUUCGGAGGUCAUAGAUGAGAACGACUUUCUUAAUUGGGUCAAGCAAAUACAAAACUUGAGACCCGUUCUGAAGGCAGACAGUUGCGAAGACUUGUUGGCAGCUUUCAAAGUUUUUGAUCUCAACAAAGACGGUUAUAUAACGAAAGAUGAACUUAAGACUGCAAUGGAAACCAUAGGCGAAGUAGCCACCGACGACCAAAUAGAUGACUUUAUCGUUAAAGCCGACAGGGAUAAAGAUGGCAAAAUAAAUUACGAAGAGUUCGUCAAGAUGUUGUCGUGAAGGUAGGAAUCAAACCAAAUGUGAUAAAUCCGUUAGAAUUAACAAUGUUAUACGUACUCAAAUAAAGAGAUUAUGAUAUCAGA